AUGGCGGCCAGCGAGAAGCGGCGCUCGGCGGCGGCAGCCGGGAGCGACCCGGUCCGGCCGUCCCUUCCCUCGAACGGCGCCUCGUCGGAGAGCGAGGCGGAGUUCCUCCUGCAGGCGGGCGUGAGCGACAUGGUCCGCGAGGCCCUGCUGAAGGUGCUGGAGGCGCGGCCUGAGGAGCCCGUCGGCUUCCUGGCCGGCUACUUCGAGAGGCUGGCGCAGGGCGGCCCUGAGGAGGCCGAGGCGGGAGAGGCCUUGUCGGCGGCCGACGGCGGCGGGGAGCCCCGGGGGCUGCUGCGGGGGCGCCUCGGACGGGCCUUGUGGUACCUGAGCCUGGCUCACCACUCCCACAGGUGCGGCAGGUGGGAAGGCAGGCCGGGGCGGGCAGAACUACAGCGCCCAGAAUGCACCGGGGCAAGAUUCGGGGCUCUUUCGCUGUGCUUUGGCGCGCGGGGCCUCCUGGGACAUGAAGUCUUCCCCCCCUUACCGUUUUUUCAGAGGAGAAGCGAAUUAUUGUUGUUAGCCGCCCUGAACCCGGCUUCCGGGAUAUAAAUAAAAAUGUAUUAUUAUUUAUUAUUAUUAUAAUUAGGAAGAGUGAACGCUUUAAUUUUUUUUUUCAAAUUUUUUUAAUUGGUUUUCACAACAAACACAUAAGACAAACAAACAUAAAUCAUAGCCUCAUUGAAAAUUACACUUAUUAACAUUGUUAGGUGACUUCCUCGCUUCCCCUUGGUUGAAUUUCAUUGCACGUCCUUUUAACGGUUUUCCAAAUCACAGUUCUUGUAAAAUUUAACUUAAACAUUAACAUCCUUAGAUCUUCACAUUUUGAACUUAAACAUAUUAAUUCAACACUUAACAUAAAUAAAAUCCUAAGCCAAUUAAAUGUCGGCAAGCUGUUUUCAGUUAAUUUAACUUAACAUAUUUAACUAAGUAAUCAUUAAAUUUACUCCACUCUUCCUGAUACUGCUCCUCCUUCUGGUCACGGACUCUUCCAGUUAGGUCGGGUAGCUCCGAAAAAUCCAUCAUCUUCAUCUGCCAUUCUUCUAUCGACCCCCCCCCCCUUUUUUUCAGAGGAGAAGCGAAAUAGGAAGAGAGAACGCUUUAAAAACAAAUUAUUUUUUAAAAAAAUAAGUUAUUUUAUAGCUGAUGUACAAUUCCCCUCGUUUUUAUAUAUUGGGUUCAGUUGAGGGGAUUUGUUUAUUUAUUGAUCUUUUCUCUUCAUUGCAUUUAUUUUUCUAAAAAAAAAUAAUUCUGUUAUUUCCUCCAUGGACCACAAGAAGAGAAGAAGAAGAGUUUGGAUUUGAUAUCCCGCCUUUCACUCCCUUUUUAAGGAGUCCCAAAGCGGCUAACAUUCUCCUUUCCCUUCCUCCCCCACAACAAACAUUCUGUGACGUGAGUGGGGCUGAGAGACUUCAGAGAAGUGUGACUGGCCCAAGGUCACCCAGCAGCUGCAGGUGGAGGAGCGGAGACGCGAACCCGGUUCACCAGAUUACGAGUCCAACGCUCUUAACCACUAUACCACACUGGCUCUCCUAUAUCACAAGGAAGCUGUGUUUUGCGGCUGCUCGCCCUCUGUAUUUUACCUUCACAACAACCUUGCCAGGUAGACUGGCGAGAGGUCAGUCGGCCCGGUGAGCUUUGUGGCAGAGCAGGGAUUCGAACCCAGGAUGGUACCCGGGUCGCUCUUAGUUGCUGCACGGCUUUCCGUGAUCAUAUGACGGAAACUGGGCUGCUUGGCCCUUUCACUUCGAAACAGCGCUGCCUAGCGGUUAGCGCGCUGGACAGGGAAACGGGGGUUAAUAAAAUCCCUUGCCUUGGGCCAGCCGCAGUCUCUCAGCCUUACCUACCUUGAAGCACAUGACCCACUGAGUCAAUGCAGCUCUCUCCACAGGGACAUAACUCCACAGGGACCCUCAAGUACAGCUGAAGGCAGGAUAUUCAAUCUUGCGAAAGUGAAAGUGUGUCUGUAUUUUGGAAUUGUUAAAUUCUGCAAAUGGGUUGCCUGAGUGUCAAAAUGACUAGGUGGGAAAUAAUCAUGUUGUUGUUGUUGUUUAAUCAUUUCGUCGUGCCCGACUUUUCGUGACCCCCUGGACCAGAGCACGCCAGGCCCUCCUGUCUUCCACUACCUCCCGCAGUUUGGUCAAACUCAUGCUGUUAGCUUCGAGAACACUGUCCCACCAUCACAUCCUCUGUCGUCCCCUUCUCCUUGUGCCCUCCAUCUUUCCCAACAUCAGGGUCUUUUCCAGGGAGUCUUCUCCUCUCAUGAAGUGGCCAAAGUCUUGGAACCUCAGCUUCAGGACCUGUCCUUCCAGUGAGCACUCAGGGCUGAUUUCCUUCAGAAUGGAGAGGUUUGAUCUUCUUGCAGUCCAGGGGACUCUCAAGAGUCUCCUCCAGCACCAGAAUUCAAAAGCAUCCAUUCUUCGGCGAUCAGCCUUCUUGAUGGUCCAGCUCUCACUUCCAUACAUCACUACUGGGAAAACUCACUGCCAUACAUCACUACUGGGAAAACCAUAGCUUUAACUAUACGGACCUUUGUUGGCAAGGUGAUGUCUCUGCUUUUUAGUCAAAAUGACUAGGUGGGAAAUAAUCAUACCGUGGACAAAAUUUCCUUACCGUAGCCCGAUUAUUCUCUCGCUUGAUAUCACAUAGGGCGCCGUUUAGUUAAAUUAUCUGUUUUACCAGUGAUUUGUUUUAUGUUCCUUCCCGUAGGAUGGCCUUUAACAACAACGUCAGUGUGGCCUAUGAUUCCCUGUCCGCCGCCGGCAGGCGCAAGAAGCCCGGAAUCAGCGGGAAGCUCUACAGCGAGCUGCUGAGACUGAUGUGCCAAGACAAGGGCACCCCGGAAGACAUUGCUCUGCCCCUGCUGAGUAAGGUCUCCUGCCGAGACCACGAGGCGGUGCCCUUUGACAUCUUCCGCUACGGGGUCCUCACCUGUCUGGUCCUCCUCGAAUUCCUGGCCAAGGCAGACUUGCUUUUCAACGCACUGGGCGGCGGCUCGGGGGCGGCGGACAAACGAGUCUGUGCGGCAGUCCUCGCGACCCUGGAAGAUGCCCUUUGCCCCGCCGAGGUCGCGGCCCCCAUCCGCUUCCUGGAGGCCGGGUCCAAGCUUGGGCCGGAUGGCUUGGCUUCGGCUAUGGACAAAGCGCUGGCCGAGCGGAAACCCAGCGUGGCCAUGAAGAAAGAGGAGUUCCUCCAAAGAGCCUCGUCCAUCUUCGUGGCGAGAGUGAAACCCGUCGAAUGA